CAGUUGCAGCAUUGCACAACGUCACGUAACAACAGUGUAAUUUUUAUGAUAAAAGACGGUGUACUCUCAGUAAAGUUUACGUGAAAGCUCUCACUACAUCCAUCGCAAGGAAAGGAAUUGGAGAACCUGUUGGCGCUUCGGGAAAGAACCCUUUGGCGCCGUUGCAGUUUUACUCGCCAAGCUCGCGCCUCAUCGAGGAUGAGCCAAAGAAUAUGCAUAGACACUCUUUGGAUGAGCCGAGCUAAUAACUAAAAUAUGGAGCCAAUUGAAUUAAAUAAAAGUGAAGUAAUUGUGUACAAUGUCAGAGGCCCAAAUGUGGUUCAUGAUGGCAGAGGAGUGACGCGACACAGAUAUUUUAAUAAUAUGAAUGCUGAAAUACGUAGUGCAUCAGUGAAUUGUUUUGGAGAGCAACAAACUGACUUUCAUUGUAGGCAACCUAGAGCAUCUAGUGGUAGAGUACAAUAUAGAGGUAAUAAGCUAAGGACAGGAAGAAAAUACUGUGAUAAUAGUUAUACUCAAAAUAAUCCUAUUUCCAUAAAUAGUACUAAAUAUGAGGAAUCUUCUGAAAAUUCUUGUAAUCUUGACCUUUGUGGUAAUAGUGCAAGUGCUGAUAGUACAAAUGAACAGAACACAGUUUGUAUGGGAAAACAACAAACUGCCAUGGGUUCUAAAGAGUCUGAUAUGUACCAGAGUUCAUGUAAUGGUAGGUCACAAUUAAGGUAUAACAAGUCAAGGGCAGGAAGUAGAUAUUGUGAUAAUACUUAUAAUUAUCCUCAAACUAAUAAUGCAUCUAAGUUUCCUGUAAAUAGUACCAAAUAUGAAGAAUCUUUUGAAAAUUCUUGUUACCUUGACUUUUGUAAUAAUAGUGCAAGUGCUGAUAGUACAGAUGAACUGAAAGCAGUUUAUUUAGGUGAGCAGCAAACUGCCAUCAAUUAUAAAGAGUCUGAUAUGUACCAGAGCUCCUGUAAUGGUAGAACACGAUUUAGGUAUAAGCCAAGGACAGGAAAAUACUGUGAUAACACUUAUAAUUAUCCUCCAGAUACUCAUGCAUCUAAGUUUCCUGUAAAUAGUACCAAAUACAAAGAAUCUUCUGAGAAUUCUUGUAAUAUUGAUUCUUAUGAUAAUAGUGCAAGUGCUGAAAAUAAAAAUGAACAAAAUACAAGUUCUUGGGAAGAACAACAAACUGCCGUUGAUAAAGGGUCUGAUAUGUACAAGAGUUCAUUUGGUCUUAGAGGACGAUUUAGGGAUAAUAAGCUGAAGAAAGGAAGAAAAUACAUUGAUAAUACUUACACUCAAAGUAAUCGUGUAUCCGCCAAUAGUAACAAAUGUGAAGAAUCUUCUGAAAAUUCUUGUAAUCUUGACUUAUGUGAUAAUAGUGCAAGCAGUUUCAAUACAGAUGAACAGUAUGCAUCACAGCGAGGUAAAAUAGUAGGUGGUAGGUAUAUACGAAAACAACCUAAUAGGUCUAAUAAAUCUAUUCAUUCCAAAGAGCUAAGAAUGCAUAAUGAAAUGAAAGAUCAAAAUAAACAGAAUUAUUCAAAUAGCAAUUCAAGUAAAAAUUAUUACACAAAUGAUCAAGAAACUGUCCAGCUUCCUAGUGCAAAUCAAAGGAGGCAGUUUUCAUAUGAAAACAGAUAUCAUCGUAAUGAUUACAAACAAAGGACUUUUGAUCCUGCUAAAGAAAAAUUGCAGAUAAGUCAAAGGAGGACAAAAGAAAACACAUCUGAUUGUGAUAGUUCAUCAUCAAAUAUGAAAGAGCAGCCCUCACAAUUUAAUCAUAAAAGGACUGUUGGAAACAUAUCUGAUGAUAGUAAUUUAUCACUGGAUAUAAAGAAUGAACCUACAGCUAUUUCUAAAAAAUCUGGAAAUUACAGACAUGCUAGUGGAAAAAGGUUGAACUAUAAAGAAAAUGAUGACGCUACUCAGCGUGAAUUACUAAUUCAGCGCUUGACAAAAGGGGAGUGUGAAUGUUUAGUAUGUUGUGAACUUAUUCGGGUAAGAGAUCAAACCUGGCACUGUCUUAGCUGUUAUCACGUGUUUCAUCUGCGUUGCAUACGAAAGUGGGCUCGAUCAUCAGCAGCUGUUGUUGAUGGUGGGAGAUGGCGAUGUCCUGCUUGUCAGAGUUUAUCCAGCAAAGUACCAUAUGAUUACUACUGCUUUUGUGGAAAGCAUAAGAACCCUGAUGUUAAUUAUCAUUUAACACCACAUAGCUGUGGAGAAAUUUGUGGUAGAAAGCGAGCUAAUUGUUCCCAUCUUUGUAAAGAGCUUUGCCAUCCUGGUCCAUGCCCACCAUGUUUAAUUGUGGUCCACAAAACUUGUGCUUGUGGGAAAACACCCAUAACAUCGCCAUGCAAUCGUGUGGUUGAAGAGACAUGUAAAAAUGUUUGUGACAAAGUUUUGAAUUGUGGGUUGCACAGAUGUGAAAAUAUUUGUCAUCCGGGUAAAUGUCCAUCAUGCACAGUUACGGUUUCCCAAAAAUGCUUUUGUGGCAAAUCAUCCCGUUCAGUUGUUUGUACUCUGGAAUCAGCAAAAUGUGUGGACUUUUCUUGCGGUGAAGUGUGUGAGAAGUCAUUAAAUUGUGGGAAUCACAUUUGUGAUUCUAUUUGUCAUCCUGGCAUUUGUAAUCCAUGCAGUUUUUCUAUUGAAGUUAUCAAGACUUGCUGUUGUGGUAAAUCAACUAUUGAAAGCUUAGUGGCAUCUGGGAAAACAGCAGAACGAAGCUCUUGUAAAGAUCCAAUUCCAUUAUGUGGAGAAAUAUGUGAAAAGCCUCUCUUUUGUGGUCCUAAAGAUAAUCCUCAUAAAUGCCAGUCAACUUGUCAUGAAGGAGAAUGCCCACCCUGUCCUCUUAAAACUUCAUUAAAGUGUCGUUGUGGAGCUUUUACCAAAGAGUUUGAAUGUGCCACUAUUAAUCCAUCUUUUCUAUAUCUUUGUGAAAAGCGCUGUAAUCGACGUAAAGACUGUGGAAGGCAUAAAUGUUUAAAUAACUGUUGCAUCAAUAUUGAACAUAGAUGUGAUUUAAUAUGCAACAAGAAGCUCUCAUGUGGUCUGCAUAACUGCCAAGAAACUUGCCACAUGGGGAACUGUCCUCAGUGUGGGAAUGUCAGUUUUGAGGAGUUAAGAUGUCAUUGUGGAUUUUCUGUUACGUAUCCUCCAAUUCACUGUGGAACUAAGCCUCCCGAAUGCCCUAAACCUUGUACCCGCAGUCAUUCAUGUGAGCAUGAUGUAAAGCAUACAUGUCAUAGUGAUGAAACUUGUCCACCAUGUACAUCUCUUACUGUGAAAUGGUGCUAUGGAAAACAUAAGCAAUGUGGAACUGUGAUGUGUUUCUUAGAUGGUGUGUCAUGUGGAAUGCCUUGCAAUAAGACACUUCCUUGUGGAGUUCAUAAAUGUCAAUUAACUUGUCAUCCAGGUCAAUGCCUAAAGCCUGAUGCAAAAUGUACACAACCAUGUUCUAUACCUCGACCAAAUUGUGGUCAUCCUUGUGGGAAUCCAUGUCAUGAAGGUCUUUGUCCUGAAACUCCUUGCAAAGCUCAGGUUACAUUAAAUUGUCCUUGUGGUCGUCGCUCAGAAACGAGUACUUGUUAUGAUAGCGCAAAAUCAUAUCGUUUAAUAUCGGGCACAGUUUUGGCAAGUAAAAUGCAAGAAAUUAAAGAUGGCCAAUGUGUGAAUUUGAAUGAUGUUCUUGGGAAGAAAUCGAAAAAUGGCAGAUUGCAGUGCAAUGAAGAAUGUGCAGUUAUUGAAAGGAAUAAGCGUUUGGCAGUAGCUCUUCAAAUACAGAAUCCUGAUUUAUCUUGCUCUCCUGGACCUCCAAAUUAUUCUGAAUUUUUAAAAGAUGAAGCAAAAAAGAAUCCUGCUUUUGUGUCUGGUGUUUAUGAUAAAAUCACUGAACUUGUUCAGUUAGCAAAAAGUUCAAAACAGAAAUAUCGAAGCCAUUCCUUUCCUCCCAUGAAUCGAGAUCAACGUAGAGUUGUACAUGAAUUGGCAGAAUUCUUUGGCUGUGAAACACAGAGUUAUGAUGAAGAGCCAAAGAAGAAUGUUGUUGUGACUGCAUACAAGACAAAAUGUUAUCUACCUUUUGCUAGCAUAAUGACUGUUGUUCAGCGGGACAUGGGCAUCCGCAAAGGACCAACUCCAAUUUUAGCACGAGAUAUCAAAGCUCUUCCUAGUACAAAUGUCUAUUCAGGAGCUCAGAGUCAAAAAAAGAAAAUAGAUUAUUUUGAUUUUACUGAAUAGAAAUAUGUUUAAUGUUAUCAGCUAUAGAUAGUUACAUAUUCAUUGCAAGAACAGGUUAUACACAAAGUGUGUGCUAAUAAAUAAGAUUUGAAUUUUAAAAUAUGAGAUGAAUAUGUGAAAUAUGUGAGACAUAGCUACAAAUAAAAUCAGAAAACCUUUGAGUAAAAGUAAUUGUUUGGCAUCAAGUUUUGAUAAGAUCUGCUGAAUCUUUAUUUUGAUUUUGUUCAGAUUUUGUUUAGAAAGUAUUAUUUCAUUUGGUACUUGAAAAAGUUGGGAAAAUUUUUUUGUGAAAAUACAUGCGGACAUUUUACUAAUAAAUUAAAACUCAUUAUUAAUGUAUUUAAUAGCUGGAUGAUAAUUUUCCAUUGUCUAAUAAUUUAUGGAGCUGAAGCCUACGAGGCCCAAAGUGCUUCUAAAGGAUUUAUGCAAAUAUGCAUUUUACUGCCAUAUAUAAGCAUUGAUUAGAUCUCUUUAAAUAUUUCAACAGGUGAAGCUGUUGUAUAAAAUGUAUUUUUAUAAAAUUAUAAUAUUUAUGGAAUAAAAUACUUUUACUAUUACCUA